UCCUGGAGCUGCCUUUCUGCACUCUCCUGGCCGCGGAAAGAGGGGAGAGUGAGGGGGAAACUCGGCCGGUAUCCUCCCUGGCCAGGAAAGAUUGUUAAUCCACCCAAGGACUUGAAGAAACCACGUGGAAAGAAAUGCUUCUUUGUGAAGUUUUUUGGAACAGAAGAUCAUGCCUGGAUCAAAGUGGAACAGCUAAAGCCCUACCAUGCUCACAAAGAAGAAAUGAUAAAGAUCAACAAGGGCAAACGGUUCCAGCAAGCUGUGGAUGCCGUCGAAGAGUUUCUCAGGAGAGCCAAAGGGAAAGACCAGACAUCAUCCCACACUUCUGCUGAUGACAAGAAUCGGCGUAAUUCCAGUGAGGAGAGAAGUAGGCCAAACUCAGGUGAUGAGAAGCGCAAGCUUAGCCUGUCUGAAGGGAAGGUGAAGAAGAACAUGGGAGAAGGAAAGAAGAGGGUGACUUCAGGCUCUGCAGAGAGAGGCACCAAAUGCUCUCUGAAAAGAGCCCAAGAGCAAAGUCCCCGGAAGCGGGGUCGGCCCCCAAAGGACGAGAAGGACCUCACUAUUCCUGAGUCCAGUACCGUGAAGGGGAUGAUGGCUGGGCCAAUGGCCACGUUCAAAUGGCAGCCAACAGCGAGUGAGCCAGUCAAAGAUGCAGAUCCUCAUUUCCAUCAUUUCCUGCUGAGCCAAACAGAGAAGCCAGCUGUCUGUUACCAGGCAAUCACAAAGAAGUUGAAAAUAUGUGAAGAGGAAACUGGUUCCACUUCCAUCCAGGCAGCGGACAGCACAGCUGUGAAUGGCAGCAUCACACCCACAGAUAAAAAGAUAGGAUUUUUGGGUCUUGGCCUCAUGGGAAGUGGCAUCGUCUCCAACUUGCUAAAAAUGGGUCACACAGUGACUGUCUGGAACCGGACUGCAGAGAAAUGUGAUUUGUUCAUCCAGGAGGGGGCCCGCCUAGGAAGAACCCCCGCUGAAGUCGUUUCAACGUGUGACAUCACUUUUGCCUGUGUGUCGGAUCCAAAGGCAGCCAAGGACCUGGUACUGGGCCCCAGUGGUGUGCUGCAAGGGAUCCGCCCCGGGAAGUGCUAUGUGGACAUGUCAACGGUGGAUGCUGACACAGUCACCGAGCUGGCACAGGUGAUUGUGUCCAGGGGCGGCCGAUUCCUGGAAGCCCCAGUCUCAGGGAAUCAGCAGCUGUCUAAUGACGGGAUGUUGGUGAUCUUAGCAGCCGGGGACAGGGGCUUGUACGAGGACUGCAGCAGCUGCUUCCAGGCAAUGGGAAAGACCUCCUUCUUUCUAGGCGAGGUCGGCAACGCAGCCAAGAUGAUGCUGAUCGUGAACAUGGUCCAGGGGAGCUUCAUGGCCACCAUCGCCGAGGGGCUGACCCUGGCCCAGGUGACAGGCCAGUCACAGCAGACACUCUUGGACAUCCUCAAUCAGGGACAGUUGGCCAGCAUCUUCCUGGACCAGAAGUGCCAAAAUAUCCUGCAAGGGAACUUUAAGCCUGAUUUCUACCUGAAGUACAUCCAAAAGGAUCUCCGCCUGGCCAUUGCGCUGGGCGAUGCCGUCAACCACCCGACUCCCAUGGCAGCCGCAGCCAAUGAGGUGUACAAAAGAGCCAAGGCACUGGACCAGUCUGACAAUGACAUGUCGGCCGUGUACCGAGCCUACAUACACUAAGCUGCCAGCACCCCGCCCCGCCCCUCCGUUCUUCCCUCUGGUCUCCUCUUCCUGACGUGGGGUCGAGUCCUGGGACUUAGUUCUGGCCCAGCCCACCUGUCUCCUUUUCCUUCUAUGUAGACUUUGCACCUUGCCAUCAGCACAGCGCAUGGCAGCCCCUCCCUGAGGCCUGGGCAGGGAGUGAGGCUGUUGGCAGGGUGGUUGGUGAGGAAGCUCUGGAGCUGGGCACUGGCCCUGGAGUAGGAGUAGGAGACUGUGUACUUUCUCUCUCACACUCUCUCUGUCUCUGUCUAUCUGUCUGUCUGUCUCUCUCUCUCUCUCUCUCUCACACACACACACACACACACAUACACACACACAUAUGCUGGCUCUCACCCCAGGAUAGAAGCUGCCCAGAAACUGCUGCCUGGCUUUUCUUCUUCCAAGCUUGUCUUAUCUCCAACCCCUUCCAGUUGAGAGACUUAAGAUCAGCUGUUGAGCGCCGGAGGAGGUUUUUCCUCAUCCCCAACGUGGAUGCUGGAGGCUCGUCCACAGCCCCCACUGGACCUGCCAGAAAAGACUCUGGCCAAGAUGAACCAGCACAGACUCUAAUGCAGACUCCAUGGGCCCUCCAGCUUCAGGUGACCAGCUAAGGAGUUUUAACAUCUGUACUACCAGUGGGCAGCCACCUCUUGACUCUUGACGCCUGUGUGAACUGAAGAGGCCCUGCUGCCCUCAUGCAGCGCUCGCUUCUCUUCUCCCUGGCUGUUUUGGUGUUUGGAUUUGCAUUCCAGCCCUUGGGCAGGGUUCUGAGGGCACUGUGAGCAGUGGAGAGUGGAGGUGGCACUUUCCUGUUUCCGUUAAGCCACAGUCUCUUCAUCUGGCUCUGAAGAGCCGCUUUGACCGGGCCACUUGCUCCUGCCUUCCCUGCACAGGUCCCCUGCAUGCCCCACCUCUUCACUCCCUCCUUCCUCCCAUGGAGAUAGUAUUCCUUUUUGUCUGUCUGUCCUGUUUGGCCCAGACCCAACCUUGAGCAUUUCUUAGGCUCAGCUCUUGUUGGGAAAUGAGUGUCUUUGCCCCAGCCAGUGUCAUGGUCUCUGGUGCUUCCCGGGCCAGCAUCUGUGGGGAGGGAAGAGAGCUGGGCCUGACCUAACCUGAACCAAUGGACCCACAGAAGCAGGCUGGGCCAUCCUCAGGCCUUAGCAUUUCUCCUUGGACAGGGGACCAGAGGGGCCGAUUGUUAAAUGAGAACAAGGAGAAGUCACCCAAGGGAUGUCAGCUUUUCUCCCUCUCCUGGGUUGAGAUUCCAAAGUCGCAAUUUGCGGGCUGGAAUUUAUAGUGAAACACACUAUACAUAAGAUGGCCAUGCUGGUGUGGGCGUCUCCCCCUCACCGCUGCUUAGAGCCUGUGUUGGGGGGCAGGGCAAGGGCGCUCCUAGGACACUCAAGUUGUUUCUGCCUGAACACGGCCUGUCCUGGUCCUGGGGGACAAGGAGGGCGGGGGUGGGGAGCUGCUGUACGGAAACUGGUUAGUCAAUGUUGUCUUAAUAUUGUUGGAAAUUCUGUAAAGUUCUUUUUAUGAAUAUUUCUGUUUAAGCUAUUUCACCGUUGUUUUGAAAUCCUUCCCUUUAAGGAGAAAAUGUGACACUUGUGAAAAAGCUUGUAAGAAAGUCCCUCCUCCCCUUUUUCCUUUUAAACCCUCUUUAAAUGACAAAUCUUAUAGGUGAUUAAGGUUGUGAAUUUUUAUUUUUGCUUUGUUUUUAAUGAACAUUUGUCUUUCAGAAUAGGAUUGUGUGAUAAUGUUUAAAUGGCAAAAACAAAACAUGAUUUUGUGCAAUUAACAAAGCUACUGCAAGAAAAAUAAAACAUUUCUUGGUAACACAGCUGUGGCGCGUAAGCCUCGCGCUUGGGUCAGCGGGCCCGGGGCGGGGACCGGGGUCCGAAGCUGGCCGCAGCUGCCGGGCAGGUUCCCUGCGCCCACCGAGGCGAGCGGGGCGGGCAGCCUGCUGGCCAAUCAAUGAGCGGAGGGGGAGUGAGCCGCCCUAUCCGGGCCGGAAGGGGGUGGGACCUGUAGCCGCCGCGGCCCGGCUGGAAAGCAGCGGUCCGUGUGGCGCCGUAGGCUGGUUUAGGCGGGUCAGGUGGGCCGAGGCUGGUGCGGGAGGCUCCUUGGGUAGGUCAGGUGGGCCGGGUUCCCGCAGGUCGCGUGAGCC